AUGGCUCCGACAUACAAGACGGUGGUCCUCGCCAAACGACCCAAGGACAACAUCGUCCCAGGCGAGACAUUCAAGCUGGUCACCAACAAUCCGACUCCCUCGGCCGAUGAUCUCAAGGACGGAGAGGUUCUCUUUGAGACCAACUACCUCAGUAUCGACCCUGCCAUGCGGGGUUGGCUCAACAACACCAGGUCGUAUAUUGCGCCCGUCCAGAUCGGAGAGGUCAUGCGAGGCGGCUGCAUCGGGACCAUCAAAGCCAGCAAGAACCCACAGUUCCCGGUCGGCAGUUUUGCAACGGCCAUGGCGGGAUGGACGGAGUACAAGAUCUGCAAAGCGGACGAGCUGCACAGGGUAGUCGUCCCGAAGGGCGGCAGGCUGACAGAUGGAAUGAGUGUUCUGGGCGGGACUGGGCUGACUGCCUACUUCGGCAUCAUCGACGUCGGCAAGGUCAAAGCGGGAGACUUUGUUGUCGUCUCCGGCGCCGCAGGUGCAACGGGCAGUGUCGUCGGUCAAAUCGCCAAGCUCAAGGGCGCGACCGUCUUGGGCAUUGCGGGCAGUGAUGACAAGUGUCGUUGGCUCACGGAGGAAUUGGGCUUCGACGGUGCGUUGAACUACAAAGACAAGGACUUUGCAAAGAAGUUCAGGGCUGCCACGAAGAACCUGAUUGAUGUCUACUUUGACAACGUUGGCGGCGAGAUCCUCGACAUGGCGCUCGCCAGAGCAAAGGAACAUGCUCGAUUCGUCAUGUGCGGCGGGAUCAGUCAAUACAACUCGUCCAAGCCUCAAGGACCAAAGAACUAUCUGAUGAUCAUUUCUAUGCGUAUCCGCAUGGAAGGAUUCAUCGUCUUCGACUACGCCAAAGAAUUUCCCCGGGCCUUGAAAGAUCUCGCCCAGUGGCUCGCCGAGGGCAAGAUCAAGCGGAAAGAGACCAUCGUCAAGGGGGGCUUGGACCAGGCCGAGAACGCCCUGAGGGAUUUGUACCAGGGGUUGAAUACAGGCAAGUUGUUGGUCGAGGUCAAGCCCGUCAACGAACAGGUUCGAGCGUCGUUGUGA